GAGGCGUAAGGGUGCGGCCAAGGUCGUUGGUGGAGUGCAGCCACUCGAUGCCACACAACAACAACAACAACAGACAACCAUGCAGCCCAAUCAACAACAACAACAGCUCGAACAACACAACAACCACAACGCACACACGAGCGACCCGAGUCGCCACUGCGCCCGCUGCACCACCGAACUGGGUCGCAUCACCAACCGAGGUGCCCCCUGUCGCGUCUGCAAACUGCGCGUGUGCAAAGCCUGUCGCGAAUUCACAUCGCGCACCACGGACUGGGUGUGCGUUGUGUGCCACAAGCAAAUGGAGAUACAAUCGGCCAGCGGCGAGUGGCUGAAGGACGCCUAUGCCCUUGGCUCGUGCAGUGCCGUCGACCAUCUGACCACCAGCGACGUCCUGAGGAAGAGCAUCCGACGUUCUUGGACCAUAUCGAAUCCCGAGGACGAUCCGAACAACCCCAACUCGCAGCAGCCGGUGGCAGACAACCUCUACCCGCAGCAACAGCAUCUGAUUGAGGCCCAGUCGGCGGGCAGCUACCCCACCCUGCACCAGCACCACCAGCAGCACCACCUGCCCCCCCAGCCGCGGCCCACUACGCACGGCCUUGGCUACGGCAGUGGCACUGCCACGCCCACCACCAGCAGCAAGUGGCAGCUGGGCCGCCGGGUCCUGCGUCAGUCGACCCUCCCGAGCAGCCUGAACAACGACCCAACAAUCAGCGGCAGCGGUGGCAACCUGGCCAACUACAAUUCCGUUAACCUAACGGCGCCCACAUCGCCGCAUCAGCUGCAGAAGAGUCCGCUCUACCCGAGCGCCUACAACAGCGACGACGUCAUCCACAUGAACACCAUGCCCGGAAUGGGAAUGGGCGUGGGUGUUACAGUGGGUGACUGCGACAACUACGCACAGCAGCAGCAGCAGCAGCAACAACCCCAACUGGAGGUCACGCCCACACAUCAUCGGCUGCAGGUGCGCCGCCAAUCCACGCUGCCAGCUCAGCCCACUCCGGCCAUAUACAUGUCCACCUCCCCGAACCGGCUGUACAGUCGCUCCCCGGAAAGAUCGCCGGGGGAGCAGCAGCGCUAUCCGCCCUUCAUGCGGCAGACCUCGUUCCCCGAGCCGCCGAGCAGCAACUAUCAUCGCACCAAGCUGCUGCCCAGCACAGGAGCUCCAACCGCGACGGUGGUGGCUCCACCACCGCCUUUAAACUACGAAUCCCAGGCAUCCAGUUUGGCCAGCGAUGAGCAGGACGUAGGUCCCAUGCCCAAGCCGAGGAUGACGCGGCAGGCCACAUUGCCUAAUCCCGAGCAGCAUGUCAAGCUGUUGCCCACAUCGCCGCCAAAGCGACAAACUUCCCCGCAGUUUCGACGUUCGCCGGAGUUUCUGCAGCGCCAGCAGACUCUGCCCAAUCCGGAGGCCUUCAGCAGUGGCAACACACUCACCGUGCACUCCACGCCACCGGCCAAAUUUAUGCCCAUCUCGCCGAGGGCCAAGCAGAAUUUCCUCUUCCCGAGUGUUCCGAAUCCCCGGCAAUUUCUCUCGCAGCCUCAUGUGCCCGCCGUUGGAGGAACAGAUCUGGGCAGCGGAGGCAGUGUGGCCAGCACCAGUGGUCCAGGUGGCGGUGAGCAGUACUCGAGUAGCCAGAGUGUGAAUAUCCAUCACUCGAGGGAUCCGCAUGCCAAGAUGAUUAAGGUGCGCAGCCACAGCAACGAGGAGUACUCGAACACCAAGGGACAUCCGGAGAACAGGAGGCUGCUGCCGGAGAUUCCGACGGCUGUUCAACGACCAGGAGGUCGAUCGCCCAGUCGUCUGGUGCGUCAAGAUUGCCUCAAGGAGGAGCGAACCUUCGGGGAGGCCAAGCAGCAGUUCCAUCAGUUUCCCGAUGUCACCGAGGAGCUGGACAAUCGUCCGGAGUACGUGGAUUACUUUGGCGACAGUGCCUCCAGUUUCCUGGAGUCCGACGAGGUGCAGUACGAGCGAAACUACAACGCUGGAUUCAGCAGUGAGCCGCGCAUUAUCUACAACAAUGGAUCGGAUGAUGGUAGCUACCAGAAUUCCUCCCAGAGACCCAUUUACAGUGCCGAGAAUGUCCUGGCCGAUUCGGGAUACGGGGGAGGUGCCGGCGUGGGCCUGGGAGCCAGUGCUUCUGGGUCAGGUGGUGUGCCCAGCUAUUAUCCCGAUAUGGGCACUCCGCAGGGCUUCUACGGAGGAGCCGCUCUGCCUCGAACUCCACUGAUGCACAAUCGCCUCCGACGCAGGCAGUCCAGGGAGCUGCAGAUGCAGCAGGAGGAACUGGCCCAACUGUCGCAGGUCUCGGAUGCGAGUGGCAAGGGUUCGGGCAACGAAGGAGCCUCCAGCAGUGGAGGUGCCUCCGACAGCCAUGCCGCCGAGAGAAGGAAGCCCGAGCAGAUGCGCUCCGUUUCAGAGGACUCUGGAGCUAAGACCACACCCAAGCCGGUCACACGACGAUCCUUUUCGCAUCCCGAAAAGGACACGCAGCCAACGAAGAAAACGGAGAUUUCAAAGAUACCCAGCCCACGACCUUUGGCUGAUAUCUUAGACAAAACGCGCGGCAACUCCAAGAUUCCGCAGGCAAGGCGACGCAACAGCCGCACGGGAAUCGGCGAGGCCGAGGAGGGUAGCACGCCCCAGCACAUUUACUCCUUCCAUCAACAGCUUAUGCAUAGAAACUCUGAUUUAGCCAUGCGCCUGAAAAAAACAGAAAUUCCUGUCGCCUCAGUAGCCUCAGCCAGCCAGGAGGAGAGUCAGAAUCAGAGCCAGAAUCCCCAGGGGGAUUCCUCUGGAGCGGAGCAGCCGGUCAACGGCAAGUCCGUCGAGUCCUCGGCCAACAAGGAGCAACAAGGCGACCCAAACAGCUCGGCGGAUGCCACCCACACCAGCACUUUGGGCGAACAGGAGUUGCAAAAUGCAGUGGAGGCCGCGGCGGUGGUCUUCAAGAAGGUCGUGCUGCAGCGUCGCAAGGAGAAGGAGAAGGCCGCCGAAGAAGGCGCAGUGCAGCAGCAGCAGCUGUCCGUGGUUUCCGGUGAUAUCGGCGGAUUAGGAGGGGGCGAUGCCAUGGAAACGUCAUCGUCAUCGGAGCUAGACUUCAGGUGUUCCACUCAGCAUGGACGCCAGCAGCAGCAGUCGCAGUAUAGCGUUGAAGCGGACGAGUUCAAGCUCGUCUUCCUCAACUCGGAUUCAUCGUCGUCCUGUCACGGAGAAGAGGAGGAGGAUGAGAAUGACACGGAUUCAUCCUGUUCCACGCACCACUGUCACAGCAUUGUGAGCAAUGUGGAGGACUGCGACUGGGAUUACUUUGAGCCCUCCAUGAUCUCCACGACCACGACGACGACGACCACCAUGAUUGCCUAUAGCACGGCCAGCCGAGCCACGCCCACUCCACCGCCGCGUGUGAGGCGUCAGUCCAGCGAUAGUGACUCCCCCUUGGUGCAAAGACGUCCUCCGCCAGUGAGGAGCAGCUACUGCCCGAGGAUCAGGGAGAGUGACACGGGCACCGACGAGGAGUUUGUCCUGAACACCGAGAGCAGUUCGCAGACCAGCUCCGAUCAAACCCCACCACCGGUGCCACCGCCGCCACAUCCACUCAGCAUGAAGACCCGGAUCAAGACGCGUUUCCUGAAGAAUCACCACCACCACAGUCACCACAACCGAUGCAGCUGCAAUCCCGGCCAGCAGCAGCAGCAGCCGCAGCAACCGCAAUAUGUGCCCAUACCCGUACCGGUGCCCAUUCCAGUGCCCAUGGCCAACUAUCCCAAUUGGCCGGAUAUGCCGCCGACCACCGGUAAUCCCCUCCUGGAACAGGACGAGCAGCAGCUGGCCGCCAGUUUGCAGCAACUUUGGAAGGCGGCCGGUCAGCAGCAGCAAUUUGCCGCCAUAGUUGCAGCCUACUCGCAGCAAUUUGCGGCGGCCAGCAGCAACAUGUUCGAUGCAACGCCGCCGGUGACCAGCAAGAGUUACCAACAACUGCCCACGACGCCGCCACCGAUGCCGCAGCGCCUGCGCGGACUGGGAUUGGGCGGCUUCAAGUCCUCGGCUCCGGAGCUGAGUGCCUCGCUGGGAUCACUGAUGACGCAGUCCCUCUGCUCGACCAUAUCCUCCUCCUCGUCCUCGACCAGCACCUCGGGCUAUGGGACGGCGGGACGGAGUCUGGAGACGCUGGCCAGUCCAAUGCGAGCUGCCAACUCGAUGCAGCAGCAAUACAAAGAGCAAUACCAACAACAGCAGCAACAAAUGGCCAGCAAUGCUUUCAAGCCAAAGCCAACAAGUUUAGUAGCGUCGCGUUCGCCGACGGGUGAGCAACCAGAAACGAGCAACGCGCGUCGCGGCAGCAGCAACAGCAACAGCGAGAGCGACGACAGCAACACCAAGAGCAGCAGCAGCAGCAACAAGAGCAACGGCAACAACAACGCAACGCCCACAACGGGUAGAUUGUGUAAUGUUUAUGAUAAAACCGGCACAUUGCCAGUGCCCAUCGCUCAGGCACAUGUUGCCAGUGUAGAUAAGAGCUUGGCGGCAGCAGCAGCAGCAGCAAUAUCAACAGAAAUAGCAGCAACAACAGCAACUACAGCGACAUCCACAAAGGGAAUCGCUCUGAGAGUGGCCAGCAAAUACCAGAGCCGAAAUCUAUGCGAAACCCAGCCAGCGGCAACAACACAAACCUACCUGGCCAGUAAAAACAGCCACGAAGAAGUGGAAGCAGCAGACGAAACGAAUAUACAUAAAAAUCAAGUACCAACAGCAGCAGCACAGGCAGCAGCAACAACAGCAACACAAACACAAACAGCAACUAGAGCUGCGGCUCCUGCGGUAAUAACUCGUUUCGGUGGACUUGCAGUCGAAAAUGCUGUUGGAAAUGUUGGAAAUGCUGAAAGUGCCAGUCUCAGCCCAAAACUUAAGCCAAAACCCAGAGCCCAGCACCCAGAGCACAUAGAUCAGCGGACGACAGCGAAGGAGAGUGCCAAGAAUUUGUCCUCCAAUCGACUUAUAGAGAACAUCAACAAGAUGUCCGAUGAGGCAUCACCAUCGGCAUCGGCAACUGCCCAUCUGCAGAGCGAGAGCUUUGCGGCCAGCAGUCCAGAUGAGGCGAGCAGUAGUAGUAGCCAGGAGGAGGAGGGGGAUCAAGAAGAGCAUAAGGAGGAGGAGCAGCUGAAGCAACGUAAACCCACCCAGAGAAGCUACAAUGUGGCCGGGAUGAUGGAGGAGCAGCAGCCAGAAGCAGAGGUUAUUCCACAACGCCACCACAGCACCACCAGCGAUUCCAGCUCCUCCAGCAGCAGCUCCAACUCCAGUUCCAGCUCCGAAUCCUGCGAUUCGGAUGAUACGGGCACCGUGCGCGAUCGCAGGCCCAAGAGAAGGAGGUUCAACAAGGUGUUUAUCGUUAAUAGACAGCCAGGUGCGCGGGUGAGACGCAGUUCCUCCACCGAGGGCGAUUCCCUGUCCUCCUCGGAGGCCAAUUUAGAGGACUCAUCCGACAAUGAUACCGACACCGAGCGCACGGAUUGUGGGAUUGUAUUGAACUAUGUGAAACCGCUCGAGGAGGAGGAGGAGCCCAAGGAGGAGGAGGGGGCGGCGCCAGCAGCUGCACGUGAUUGCCAAUCGAGUGACGAAGACGCAAACGAAGAUGAUGAAAGUGAACGCCGCGUUGCCAACUCAAGCGAUGAGCUGGCCAACUGCAUUGUGGUGGUGGGCGGGCAGACGGACGACGGAGCCGCCGGCGUGGUGCUGCAUCACAUGCGAUCGCUGCCAGACGACGGCGACGCAGGCGAAUCAGAGCAGCGCCACUCGAUGGAAGCUAGCGAUGCCCUGGCCGCCUGCCAGGAGCUGCACAGCAUCGCGAACGAUGUCAAUCGGAUGCUGGGGCUGCACAAGCAGAACUCCCAGCUGGAGAUGAAGCUCCAGCGGCUGCGACAGGGAGUGGCGGAAAUCAAUGAGAAUCUGCAGCUGUCUAAGGGUGACACUAGUGCGGCUGCCACCCACUCAGGUAGUGGGUGGUUGGAAGGUGGGAAACCCGACGAGUGCAGCCCUGCUUCUCGGAAAAGCCCCUCUAAUGAGGGACCGCCGUCGCCUCUCACCUGCUGUUCAAAGCAGGUAGAAGCAAACAGUGAACUGGUGGAUGAGCAGCGGCAGCAGCAGAGGAGCGGCAGAACAGCUGAGCAAACUCAGCGGCAGCAGAGGGUCGGCACAUGCAGCCAAGCAUGCAAAAUAAACGAAAACAGUGGUGACUACUCGCUGGAUUCACUCUCGGCAACUUCAGCGAGUUUCUGUUUGGCACCUGAGCAGGUAGAAGAGAGCCCGAACUCUCAUUUGGAUUUUCUACCUGUAAGCGACGCUCGCGAGCAAUAUCGCUUCGAUUCGAAAUCGGAGUCGCCGGAGUCGCCAGUCGAAAAUGAAAUGUUAAACGUUGCGGUUGCUCCACGCUCGUCGCUCUACGGCGGCAACAACAACAACGGCAACAACGAUAAUAGCAACAACGAACACACUAAUAACAACAACAGCGAACUUGGCCAUAAUAAUAAUGACGCUUUCGCAGCACAAAAGACGAGAAAUAGCGGCUCGAGUGUUGUUUUCAGUGACGUAGUGAGUGUGAAUUCGAAUGUGCUUGUGAGUGGUGAAAACGAGUGUGACUACGACAAAAUAUUUGGUAGCCAUCAGCAAAGUACUGCAAGUGCAACAGCAGCAGCAACACCUGAGACACCUGCAACAUCGCCCAGCGAACUGGCUUCGCCCAAAAAUUCACUUUCAGCCAAGUAUCGCAGUUUGGUCAUGAUCACCAAAGACAAUGAAAGUGCAGCUGGCAGCGAUUACGAAAUGGCAAGCAGCAGCAGCAGCAACAGCAACAGCAGCAACAUACACGACAGCAGCAACAAAGGCCCGUCCAGCAGCAACACUUUUGGCCAGAACUUUGCGGGUGACUCACUUCGCGCCAUGGAACUCGUGAGCAGCGAUCGCGAAUCGUACAGCGUGGACUCGCUAAACGAACCACCGACUCCACCGCCCGCUGUGCCGGAACUUAGUGUGGAGGACGGACUGGCGGACGACGAUUCCUGGGUGGAGGAGCUGAGUCAGCGGGGUGAGGAUGAUGACGAGGAUCUCAGCCAGGCCACUACCACACCCACGGCCACCGAUUCCGAAGAUGCGGAGGGAGAGAGCGAAGGAGGAGGAAACCGACGACAUGGCUACCUUGAUCGCGAGGAGGAGCUGAGGGGCUACAACAGAUCCGCCAUCGACUUCACCCUGCACACCAUUGUCGAGGAGAGCUGCGAGGAGAGCGAGGUGGCCUCCAUGCGGGCGGACAACGAGGAUGCCGAGCUGGAGGAUGAGGAUCUGGCGGAGCGCAGGAGGCAGCGCACCCUGCAGCACCACCACCGACUGAGUGCCUCCGAACUGGAGAAGUACUUCUUCUUUGGCCUGGGCGACGGGCGGGUAAUGAGUUCCAUUGACACGCGUGGCGAUGACACCGCUUCCGAGGUGAGUUCCGAGUGCUCCGAGAGUCUGGACUCGCUGCCCCACGAGGAUCAGCUGCUGGACACCAGUGGAGCCUCCGAUUUGGCCUCUUCACGGCUGGAAAAGUACUUCCUCUCUGGAUUUAUGGGCUUCAGUGGCGGAGAAAAGCAGGCGGAGAGCGAUGAGAGUGGCGGCAGUGUGGGCAGCGACAGCGAGGGUCAUCCGAGUCCCAGUCAGCGGAGGAAGCGACUGGUGAGGGCCAGGGGAACCCCCAGAAGUCACAACUCCUCGUUGGAUAAUCUCCUGCUGCCAGAAACAGACACCCUCGAUUCGACGGUCACAACUUCUGCCGCUGCUGCUUCUGCCACCGUGGAGGACACCUCCGAAUCGGAGGCAGGCUGUGACGACACUGUGAUCCAUCUGGCCAACGCUGGAGCCUCGGAUGGCUCCUCCUCGGACACCAUCAAGCGCAAGAAGCAACUGCGCAAGCGUCACGAUUCCCUAGACGAAAAGAAACUGCACGAUCUGGAGCCCUCGGAGUGCAGGACACCCACUCCCGGUGGAGGUGGCAACCAAGUGCAGUUGCAAUCCCAGGCCAAGAAGCAACAGCAGCAGCAUCACCACAGCAGGGAUAGUGGCUUUGUGGGCAGCAACGAUGAUCUGCUGAAGGCGGCACCGGACUGCGAGCCUCCCAAGAGUCCAACACCUGCGCUGGAGCAGAUUAGCGAGGAUCGGGAGCCGGCCCAUCACAGUCAGAUCAGCCUGGCCAAGAUGGACAGCAUUCCCAGCACUUCGGCAGCCGCUGGAGUUGCGCCUCUAACCAGCCAACUGAGGAAUCUGGCCGCCUUGCCCAAUCUGGUGCGAAAGGAUAGCUUCAACAACUGGAGUUCCGACGAGGAGACCAACCUGAUGAUGAGCAAGAUGCGGCAGUUCUUCAAGACGCUCAUUGUGGCCACCGCCAAUGCGCAGCAGAGUAAGCCCACCACUCCCAAUCAGGCGCAGGGUCAGGUUCAGAGUACCACUCCCAGUUCCCAGCGCAGAUUGGCCAAAUCCCGGCCAGCUCAGUUGGCCUAUUUCGAGAACGAACUGACGCGACUGAUGAAAACCGUGCCGGGCAUCAAUGACGAGCAGGUGCGCGAAAUAGUGGAGUACCUGAGCAGCGAGGACACCUGGUCCGAUUCCUACGACUCCUCGGACUACACCAGUUCCGAUCUGGAGGGUGGCGAGCGGAAGGGCCAGCUGAAGGCCCAGAUCUCAGCCAGCUGCCAGCAGAUCAUCAACAAGUUCGAGAUCGACGAGGAGGGCGAUCGCGGUGAUGGCGGACUCCUCGACGAGAGUCAGAGCGUGCCCAUGGAGGCUCUGGUGUACCAGAAACUGGUGGCUUCCUUCAGCAAGGUGGCAGCGGGUGGAACGGAACCGGAAAUAGAAGCUGCCCAGGAAGUGGAGGAAAAGGAACCCACGACAGAAAGAUCUCCCCAGCUGUUUGCCAAGGUGAUGCAGCACAUCGGCACUAGACUAGUGGCCCUGAUGCACGAGGUGAGCAGUGGCAACGAGACGCCCACACCAUCGCCGCAGGGCCAGCGGCACCAUCGAAGACUGCAGGCCAAGAUCUCGGCCACCACGACGGAGGACGAGGAGGAUGAGGUGGAGGAGCAGCUAAGGGCCAUGCCCAUUAAGCAGCUCAAGCUGCGCAGCAGAUCCCAUGAUCUCCUGCUAGAUGGCACCAGUCCUCACUCAUCGCAUCACCUGCAUCUCCACCAGGCCACCGUUCAUCAUCCGGGCAGCGGUGGAGGAGCAGCUGGAGCAGGAGGAUCCGCACCCGGACACUCGGACAACGCCGGGGAGGAAUGCGGCGUGGCCAGCGACUACGAGCGGUUCUCGUGGCGCGGCAGUUUUGAGUCGGCAUUACUGGCUAAUGGCGACAGCAGAACGAGGCUCAGCCAGCUGAGCCAACUGGACAGGGAUAACUCGUCGUCUGCGUCCGCUUUGGCUGUGGCAAAGCGCCGAUCGGCAGGCGACCUUCUCUUCAGCCAGCACCAGCAGAGUCUCAGCCGCGAGCAGUUGGACCGCGUGCGUUCCUGCGGCAGCAUCGGAGGCGGCGAUGCCCACCACCACCAGCUGGAAUCCUCGCCGGCCAAGCCGUGGCUCUCGUCGGCGGGCUCCUCGAUUGGCGGUGACUCCACGAAGGAUGUGCGGCGAUCCAGUGUGCCGGAUGCCAUCUACGAGACGGAUUCCAGCGAUGAGGCUGCCUCGAAUCAGUUUGGCGGAGCAAGAUCAACUCUGCCGAGAAGCCUAAACUCCGGUGGUCCUGUGGUGGCCAGCACGAACUCGCUGCCCAGGCUGCCCACCACCGGAGUGGGUGCCCCAAUGACCAGCACCCCGAAGACAAAGUCACAAAGUGCCCUCAACCACACACCCUCCAAUCUGUCCACCGUUUCGGCCACCGGCAGUGCCAAGAGUGCGCGGUACCGCUCGCCAGGAUUGGCGGCUCGCGCGGCGGCUGUCAGUGGAGCGGCAGGAACGGCUGCGGGUGGCUCUGCCGCCGCUGGUGGAGUGGGAGGGAAUAGUGGUUCCACGGGCAAAAAACUAGGCGCGGGCUUCCAGUUCCUCUACUCCAAACGCGAUGCGCGCAAACGUCUCAACAUGUCAGCGGAGGAGGCCAAAGUGGCCGCCGAGGAGCUGACUCGAUCGCCGGUGAUUGGCCAACGGCAGGCAGAUGGCACCGGCAGUCCCAUUCAGUCGCGUGCCUCCAGCGAAACGUGGCCCACCCAGUCGGAUGAGGACAUCGAUCGACUGGUGGCCAUGCACCAGAACCGCAGCAGUCUCAGCUCGCUGGGGGUUCGCUCGGAGUCCAUGGCCAGCGUUUAUUCGGGCGCCGGUGAAGGUCGCUAUGGCACUGUGGUGGUCAAGGGCCAAGUGGAGUUUGCCAUGCAGUACAACUACAAGCUGAGUGCCCUGGAAGUUCAUGUGGUGCGCUGCAAGGACUUGGCAGCCGUCGAUGCCAAACGCAAUCGCAGCGAUCCCUAUGUGAAGGUAUACCUACUGCCCGACAAGUCGAAGGCCGGCAAGCGCAAAACCAAAGUCAAGAAGCACACGCUGAAUCCCAUCUUCGACGAGACAAUGCGUUUCCACACACCCAUUUCCAGUCUGGAGUCGCGUACUCUGUGGCUGACGGUCUGGCACUCGGAUAUGUUUGGGCGGAACGACUUCCUGGGCGAAGUCAGUGUCAAUUUGCAGGGCCGUCUCUUUGACAAUCCCCAGUCGCAGUGGUACCUCCUUCAAGAGCGCAGCGAACCCUUCGACGAGGUGGCCACCUACAGGGGCGACAUUGUCGUGGGGCUAAAGUACAUUCCCCCAGAGAACAUUAAAUCCUCGUUCUUCUCGCGCGGCUCUUCAAUCACAGGCAGCUCCUCGAAUCUGCGCAAAUUUGGAGGCAGCAUCAAGUCGGUGGCCUCCAAAUCGGACCGGACUUCGAAGGGCGGCCAGCUGCAUGUGCUGGUCAAGGAGGCCAAGCACCUGAGUCCCAUUAAGGCCAACGGCACCUGCGACGCCUUCUGCAAAAGUUAUUUACUACCCGAUCGCACGCGGAGCUCCAAGCAAAAGACGCCUGUGGUGAAGCGCACUUUGCAUCCCAGCUGGAACUAUACCUUUGUGUACGAGGAUGUCUCCCUAGAGGAAUUGUCGGAACGCGCUUUGGAGCUAACCGUCUGGGAUCACGAUCGUCUGGCCAGCAAUGAGUUUGUUGGCGGCAUACGAUUCUCCUUGGGAACCGGUCGCAGCUAUGGCCGUCAGGUGGAAUGGAUGGAUGCCACCGGCAAGGAGCUCUCCCUGUGGCAGAACAUGCUGGAUCGGCCGAACUUCUGGGUUGAGGGCAGCUUGGUGCUGCGUUCCAGUUUGGAUGGCAUUCGAGCCAAUUUGCCAUAGGCCAAGAUUCGAGAAUAGUAACUUAUUGUUUAGAACCGAGACAAACCACAAAAUUGCAGUUAGCAUUGCCAAUGGCACGCUGCAUUGUAUUGUAUUGUAUUAAUUAUGCGAUAAUUAUCAAUUAACGAUCACGUCGACUCUGAGAAGCAUUACUAGCGGUAUAAGGAAAAAACGAUUGUAACAUUCACAAAAGUUAGUGUUAAGAGUGUGGAAUGAUGAUUUCUGAAUACUCGAAUACGUCGGAAUGUGACGAUGACGCUGCAAGUACCGCAGAUACGCAAAAAAAAACAAAACAAAAAAGUAAUCAAGGCAAACAUGAGAAACUAAGCAAAAACUCUUAUCAAGUUUAUGGCACUAAUUGUAAGCGCAAUUCUCAGCUAUUCGAUGCAGAUAAAAACAAAAACUGUAAAGCAAAACGAUGAGGCCCCAAGGUCGGGCUGCCUAGAUAUUAAGGCAAUUUGUAUGUGUGUGUUUUUUUUCACCCUCUCUCCCCUCUGAGAGGCAUUCGCAAUUGGCAUACUAUAUGCGCUAAACUACGAUAAAACUACAAAUAAACGUACAGUUAAACCCUAGUUAAAUCGAGGCAUAAGCUUACUAUGUAUAACUACCCAUAAUAUCCGAAAAAUACAAAUAGCAUUUUUGUAAAUUCAA